AGUCUCGUUUUGUCGUUCAAAAUGUUACGAAUGGAAAAUCGAUACCUGGGUUAAUUUGAAAAUAUACUUUUCUGAAAAAAAUUAAUAAAAAAGGCUUUCUAUUUCGAAAAUUUAAAAGUGAAUAAAUUAGAAACAUUUUUAAAUUAUUUUUCUUAUUUAAAUUUUUUUUAUUGUUCGGUAGUGUGGUUAAUUAAUAAUCGAAUAUGGAUCCCUGUUAAUUGCAGUGACCGAGCACGUCAAUAAUUACCUAGCACGUGCAUAUUAAAUAAGCAUUUAUUAUCAACCGUGAGUGCAAUCGAUGAAAAGAGUACGAAAGAGAAACCAUAAUCGUCUGAAGGAGCUGUUAAAAUAGAAACUAAAGAAUGGAAGUCACACAAUCUCUCAUAACAGUAUUUUACACCCAACUUCAUUUUGACUAUGUGACAUUAGUACUUGUUGCAGUAAAAGGAAUAAUUAAAAUAUUUUUGUUUGUCAUUGCUUGCAUUAUGGGACCAAUAUCAGCAAUUCGUCAUUUAAAAAAGCCAAAAAGAUGUCCUCCAAUUACAAACCAACUAAUUUUCCUCCCAGCCACCGAAGUGGCAAGAAGAAUAAGGAGAAGAGAGAUAACUAGUGAAGAGGUGGUUUCAACUUAUAUAGCUCGCUGUCGAGAAGUGAAUCCCAUAUUAAAUGCGAUAGUUGAAGAUAGAUUUGAAAUUGCUUUAAUGGAAGCACGGCAGAUUGAUAAUUUCUUGAAAACUGAUAAAAAGACAGUAGAAGAACUCGAGAAAAAUGUACCAUUGCUGGGGGUACCAGUUACUGUGAAGGAAAGUAUUGGAGUGGAGGGAAUGAGUCACGCCGCUGGUGUGAAGAAGCCAAAACCACGAAUAGCUAUGGCGGAUGCUGAUGUGGUGAGAAGAACACGACUAGCUGGAGGCAUUCCUUUGCUGGUCAGUAACACCCCCGAGCUUUGUUUAUGUUGGGAAACCUACAACAAUGUCACGGGUACUACCAAAAAUCCUUAUGACAAUAGAAGAACAUCCGGUGGUUCUUCGGGCGGUGAGGCUGCCCUUUUAGGGGCCGGGGCUUCAGUUCUUAGUCUCGCAUCAGAUAUUGGCGGAUCGUGUAGACUUCCGGCAAUGUUCUGCGGUGUUUUCGGACAUAAACCGACUCCAGGCUGGGUUUCUGUUUCUGGACACUACCCGGACUGUACUGACAAAAAGUGGCCUUCGUUCUUUACGAUUGCCCCUAUGGUUCGAUAUGCCAAGGAUCUGCCGAUGUUUCUUAAAGUUAUUAGUCAGAACCCAGAAGUGGCAAAUCGUCUUGAUCAAAAAGUAGACUUGAAGAAAUUGAGAUACUUUUACUUCGAACACGAUAAAAGCAACGGUCCCAUUAGUGCGAUUGACGAAGAUAUGAAAUCGGCAAUAGAACGUCUCACUAGAUACAUGAAUACUACACAUGGUUCGAUUGUUCAAAAGGCAGAUGUGAAGGACCUGAAGUUCGCUUUUGAGUUUGCAUCAGUUCUUCUCGCAGAACUUGAAGGUGUAGAUUCUAUAUUUAUGAAGGGGACUGACCCACGGGAAUGGAAGAGUGUUACCAUAGAACUCUUGAAGUACCUGUGUUUUUUGUCACCACAUACACUUCAUGCUAUGCUGUAUGGCAUUGUAACGCAAUUCGUUAAAAAAUUGCCAAAGUCAUUUAAAGCUAAAAUGGCUGAGCAGAACCGUUCUGUAAAAAAGGAGCUCGAGGAACUACUAGGAGAUAAUGGAGUCUUAAUUUAUCCAACUUUUCCAUCUGCAGCAUUUUUUCCUUAUCAACUUGCGCAACGGAUUUGUAAUGUUACUUAUAUGAUGAUUUUUAAUUCUUUGCAAUUUCCGGUAACUCAAUGUCCAAUGGGUAUAAAUGGAAAGGGACUCCCAAUUGGAUUACAGAUUGCAGCUAAACCAAAUUGUGAUCAUUUAACAAUUGCCGUCGCUCAGGAAAUAGAAAAGGCUUUUGGUGGCUGGCAACCGCCUGCGAUCGAAGUUAAAGUUGCUUAACAAUUUCGCAUACUAAAUGUAUGAUUUGAUGAGAAACACUUUUGAAAAAAUGCCAGUAUUUAGAAAUUAUCUCACAAUAAAAAAAUUUCUUAUUUGUACAGACACAAGUAUAUAUAUAAUGUAUGUGCGGAGUAACGUGCGGGAAGAGGUAUAGAUUUUUGAGAUAAUUAAUUUUAUUUAUUAUUUAUAUGGAAACAAUAUUAGAUUUUUGUAUAAUCAUUUUGUAAAUAAAAAAUCGCUAUAUUUGUA